GCGAGAACCGAGCGCUCGCUAAGAUGGCGGCCCUGUGCGAGGCCUUCACGCUGUGCGGUUUGGGGCCCGCCGGCGGCGUCGGCCUCGGUAGCGGCCUCCUGGCGCUGGAGCCGGGCGCUGACCCCGACCACGUCCUGCUCACCGACCGCGGCAGGACGACCACGCUUUUUAAGGUUUCAGAUCAGAAGCCACUGGGCUGUUGGUCAGUUAAACAUGGGCAGAUUAUCACGUGUCCAGUUGUAUGCAACUUUGAAACCCAUGAAUAUAUAGCUGUUCAUGAUAACAAGGUUUUAAGAAUAUGGAAGGAUGAAGAUGUUAACUUGGACAAAGUAUUUAAAGCAACACUUUCAGCUGAGGUCUACAGAAUACAUUCACUGCCUCACGCGGAACCGUUGGUAUUAUUCAAAGGAGGGGGUGUUCGAACUUUAGAUGUUCUUUUGGAAGCUCCACAACAAGAAAUUGAAAAUGUUAUCUCAGAUGAAGUUAUCAAGUGGAGUGAAGCAUUUCUGGAAAGUCGGCAACCUGUCUUAAUUUUCGUUACAGAGAAAGAUGGGGAUUUUUUUGUCUACGUACAGAAACCUAAGAUGAGGAGUCUACACAAAUAUAAGCUUGAACAACAGGAAUUAUGUAAUCCACUGAGUUUCACAGCUUAUAUAAAAAAACAAAUAAUCACACUUCUGUGUUUAUACUCCAGUGACUCUGUAUAUAAGGUUCUGAUACCUCUACAGCAAAGUAGUGAAGAGGAAGAGCAAACUUUAUCCAAAUCACUGCUACUAAACCUUUCAAUAUCUGGAAGUGUUCUAAAAGGAACUUCUUUUGUUGUUCUUGAUAAAGACCAUGUUGCAGUACUAGGAAGUCUAGCAGCAUCUGGUGAAGAAUCCAAAGAGUGCCUAACAAUAUGGAAUACAAAAUUUCAGACCUUACAAGCUUCAAAGGAACUGCCCCUGGGAACCAGUGGACAACUGUGGUGUUAUGGGGAAAAAUUUUUCUUCACUCAUGGAAAAGUGCUAACAGUAGUUAUUUACAAGUGUGAAACUUCAUCCUUGGCAGCUGCUGUGGGAAAGCUGAAGGACAGUCAAACCUCUGAUCUUUCUUCAUUUGUAAACUGGAAUACCCUUGGAGAUGAAGAGCUCCUGGUUUCCUUACAGUCACAGCAGUCCGUAGCUCUAAAAUCUGAAUCCAAAAUGACGUUAAGAUCAAAAAAGAGCACAGUUGCGAACAUACAGCCAGAUACCUCCACAGUUGGGCAGUUCUUACUAAGUAUAAAAGAUGCUUCCACAGCUGCAGUUGAAGAUCAAUUGAGACAACUGUUGUCAAAAGCACAGAUGCCAGAUUUCCAGGCCGCCAUUGGAUGUAUAAUAAGUGCUCUGAUAAACAGGUGUAAAACAGAUCCAAAGUUCUACCCUCGAAACUUCCUGGUACAGAUGAUCCAAAAAGGAGAGUUAUCUUACAGUUUGUGUCCAGACUUAAUGGCUGUUGCUUUAGAGAAAAAAGAUGUACAUCUCUUACAAAUCUGCUUACAACGGUUUCCAGAUAUUCCUGAAGAAAUUACUUACGCUUGCUUGAAAGUGUUUUUAAGCAUUAGUGAUGACUAUCUGGAAAGAACAGAUGUGAAUCUAGAAUCUGUAAUCUCUUACAUUGAUAUUGAACCAAACAAUAAAGAAGUUAAGACUGAAGUUGUAGAAAAUGGUUUCAGUACUGAACUGGAAGAAGACGGUUGUGAUGUUACAGGCAUGAAGGAAACCCAUAUGAUGGACAGUGUUGAAUUCUGCCCUGUUGGACCUCAAAAGGCAGCAUUAUUAAAUGCUGUUCUUCAUUCAGCUUACAGUGAAACAUUUCUUUUGCCUCAUCUAAAAGACCUACCAGCUCAGCAAGCUGUUCUGUUUCUCAGGUAUUUACACUACCUGUAUGUGAAAUGCAGUGAAAAAAUAAAUACAACUCUUCCUGGAAUACUCUCUCCAACUAUAAGUCAGAUUAUGGAUUGGAUGUGCCUAUUACUUGAUGCUCACUUCACAGUUAUGGUGAUGCUACCAGAAGCAAAAGGAUUGCUUUCAAGCAUGCAUAGGUUUGUGAGAGCCCAAGUACGACUCUACUCUGAACUUAACAAAAUCGAAGGAAGUUUGCAAGAACUGCAAAGAAUUAAAUGCCAGAAACACUCUCAGGCAUAUUCUAUUGAAGUGCUGGAACUUAUUUGAAUAUGAAAUGAAUUAUUAACAAACUUGUUAUUGAUUCCUUUCAUGACAAGGAUGUAUUAGCACUCCAUAUUGGGGAUGUGAAAAGUUGAGUUUUCUGCAUAGGGAGAACGCGGUUACUCAGCAGCUACGUGGAGAGUUGUGUAUUAAAAGCUCUUUUUUGACUGGA